CCCUACACCCACCUAUCCCAGUACCUCACCCAUCCCAACCGCGACCACCACGCCUGGUGGACCACCAAAGCCCCUCUUCUCACCCGCUUCCUGCAAGACUGCGACUACACCGUCGACGCGCAAUACCAAUACCUCACGCUCUUCCACAACCAACUAAUCCCAUAUCUAGGAAUUUACACCGAGCCGUCCGUCGGCGACAAGGGAAAUACUCUCCUGUCCGGAGCAGGGAAGCUCGAGAUCGACCGCACAUUUACCGCCACAGGGUCCUCUCUGCGGAUUGCCUUUGAGCCGACGAGCUAUCUGGCCGGGGAGGGGGACACGGGGCCUGAUCCGCUGAACCUGCUUCCCCUCCCGAGUCUGCUGAGCGCUCUUCGCAAGCUUCCGGGCGUGGAUGUGGGACUGGACCGAUACCGGACACUGUCGAAAGCCCUGACGACCUCGGAGGCAGACCAGGCGACGCUUCUGCAGAGCCCUGAGCUUCAGGCGAAAUUGCAGACCCUCCCCUCGCGCACGCAGAACAUCCUCGCCCUCGACCUGGUCGAUGGCUCCGUGCGCCCCGAGCUCUACUUCCAGCCGCAGCUGCGGGCGCUGGCGACCAACGCCGACGUUCACACCAUGCUCCUCAACGCGCUGCAGGGCCUGAACGCCAACGGAGCCCUCAGCCCCGCGCUCAAGCUCACCGCGGCAUACCUCACCGGGUCGCCGAGCACGACCCAGCCCCUCUUCAUCUCCAGCGAGCUCAGCACCUCCCCAAACACCAACAGCGCCAAGCUAUUCCUCAUCGACAGCAACAUCACCCUCGACACCGCCCAAGCCCUCUGGACAUGGGGCCGACCAGACGCCACACCGCACCCCCUCCAGACCCUCUGGGAGAGCCUGGGCGUCGUCGAGGGUGUCCGCGGGCCCACCGAGUUUCCCAUGAUGCUGAUCCUCAAGCUCUGCGAGGAGGCGCCCUUUGUGCGCCCGCAGGUCGCCUUGCCGGUGGUGGGGAUGACGGAGCAAGGGGUCGGCGAGGCGGUGGUGCGCUUCUUCGCGGCGAUGGGGUGGGAAACCCAUGCGGCGGGGUAUCUGGACUCCCUGCGUUCGUACUAUCCCGGUAUCGAGCUUGGGCAGGCGCUAGGGAAGCAGGCUUGGAUUGCGUUGUCGGAGUUUGAUGGGGAGGGGCCGGCGUUGACAGUCUUU